UCUCUUCUAUUAUCUCCACGUGGACCAAGUUCCUGCCGUCACUGAAGAUGAAGUUAGCUGCGCUGGUUCUGCUGGUUGCUGUUGGAAUCGCCUUCACUAGUUUAGGCUCCGAGGCUCUCUCACCUCACCAAGUCAUCCAAGCUCUGAUGGGCGGCGCUCCUCCCUACUGGAAAGUUUGUUUUGCAUUGGACAGCAGCGGCAGCAUUAGCGAUUCUGAGUGGUCGUGCUCAAAGUCAUCGACCAGGAACAUCCUAGCCAUCAUCAACAGUACCCCUGCCCCUAAUAGUGUAAGCAUAUUUAAACACAAGAUUGGUUUGGUACGAUUCUCUAGCACGACACCGACACAGGUCAUCUUCAGUAUGGGAACCCACCCGUUCUUCCCUGCCAAUGAUGCCGCUAUUGCCGCCGUGGAGAAAGUUGGUUAUUGGACGAAUCUAUACAAGGCGCUGGUGUUGUGUGAUGGUGAGCUUGGAUCCCUUGGCAAACGCCUAGUCUGGAUAAUGACUGAUGGGCAGUAUAAUAAGGGGGGAGACCCGAGGCCCACGGCAGCAGUUAUGAAGAAAAAAGGAAUUAUCAUUUGUGUUGUUGUUAUUGGUGACAACGUCAACUGGACUGUGAUCAACGCCAUUGCCUCGUGGAUUUGGGUCAAAACUAGCAGUGGCUACUUUAUUUAUGUAAGAUGCGUCCUUAUUUACCAAACCUGUAAGGCCUACUUUCUUGCCUCGUAUCCUUUGCUGACAGUGGUACCAUAGCCGAAACUCCCAGUCGCCCACACUGUUCUCCAAAUCUGCAGACUGGAGUAAAGCUGCAAAAAGUUUGUCCCCGUUACUUCGUAUUUGACACUGUGUAUAACAUGCCGCGAAUUUAUUAAUAAUGACUUUACAGAUGAAUUUAUGUAUUCAGAGCUAAAUCUAGAAAUUCUAAAUGUUCAUUUUUUUAAUUUUCAAUUUGAGACCAUAAGAA